UGUCUGUUGGUCUUGCGAAACGAAAUGUCGUUUGGUUAGGUUUUAGUUUUGUACAUUUUUUUCCUUAUAUUUUUGUGAAAUAUUAUUUUUUUUGUUCUAACUGAAAUUAAAAUAUUUAUUUUAGUAUGGUGUGCUGAAAAUUAUCUGUCUUAUAACAUUAGUGAUACACUUAACUAAUAAAAAUGGAUUUCUUGAAUUACGAAAAUGCGGACACUCUUAGUAUUGACACUCUGGCCCUAGAGGAAAGCCUAAAAGAAGAAAGAAAUAGAGAGAUAACUGGACUUCAUUCUUUGAGCAAAAAAGUAUCCAAUUUACAUACAAGUGUCCUAUAUUAUCGAAAUCCGAAAACAAAAACGGGGUCAGUAUGCUACGAGGUCUGGAAAACAUUAGUGAAAAAAGUGGGAGGCACUCCAAAUGGUUGGAGAGAUCUUGGAAUUUCUUUAGGAAUAAAACAAGAGGACUUGGAUUACAUAAUGAAUUCAGUUCAAGAAGAGCCUGUGGACGUAAUAUUAAAACUUUAUAGACUGAAUGAAAAGGCUACAUUAGAUAAAAUUGUAGAUGCAUUUGUCAAAUUGAAAAGAUAUGAUAUCCUUAAAGCUUUGGAAGAUCCUCUAUGUAAUUUGUCACAUUGUUUCAACAACAAAGAUGAUAGUGGAUAUCAUAGCAACAGUAAGAGUACAGAUGGACAAAUUGAGAUAAUUUCUUUAAAAAAUGUCUCAGAUGAUCUGCCUCCUGUUUUCAACAAGAAUUUUGUUGUUGCAAAGAAUGACAGAAAUAAGCCUCAUUUUCCAAAACCUAAAAUUGAAACUACCAAUGAAGAAUUUAAAAAUGAAAAGCCAAUUCUAUUUUUAACUUUUACUGAAGAUGGAUUUCCAACUGCUCUUAACAUUCAGGAGUAUGUUGAAAAUUGGACUGAUUUUGAUGAAGUGGCAGUUAUAACACUGAAUGACAAGAAAGAAGAAGUGUAUCAAAAUCCUGAAAAAUUUAUAAGGGAGUACUUUGAGAAGGCGGACUUCAUAGUACCUAUUAUAACUCCAGGAUAUCUCCAAGAAAUAAGGUCCAAUAAUCCCAACACACCCAGUACCACUGACAAUCUGGAUUUCAAAUAUGUGAACUUCAUUUACUCUCUCAUUGUAAACUAUUACAUCCAUGCAACUGGAUGUCUGAACAAAAAAGUUAGAACUGUUUUACCUCAAAAUUUUGAUAGAGAGGUGUUAACGCGAAUCAGUAUGUACCCUGAUUUAAUGCCAUGGACAUAUGAGACUAAAUUUGAUGAGCAGUUCAAGGCAUUUUUGAAGCUAAAAUAUUCAUGAGAAUAGUUUUUUUAAAGGUAUAAAAAUGCCUAGAUUUUUGAAGUAUGUAUUACUUAUAAGAAAUAACAGAAAUGCUCAAUUUUACAUUGUGUAUUUUAAGCUAAACAAGUGACUAAAUAACACAAAUGUGAAGUUAUAUUCCUUGAUCGGCAGUGUAUCAAACCUGUCACACAUAAAGAUAAUAUAAAUUUACAGUCUUAUUAUCAGAGAUCGGAAUAGGUACAUUGAUUUUAUGUACUUGCAUCAUGACUUACCAUAGAAAGCAUAAUAUGCAUAAGCCUCUUUUCCGGGAUUCCAUUUCAGUACUUACAGUAAACUACAUUGUCCUCGGUUAACAUAGGACUACUAUUUACGUGAACGAAGUCGGGGGAAAACAGCUACCACUAAUAUAUUCUUCAUCCCACAUGUAAAAAUUCCGGAAAAAACCUUAAUAAUUUACAAAUCCCGCAAUCACGGACGGACGCAUGUCCAUAUUAAUAUUUCAGUUCAUUGACCCCAAUUCAAUCUACCUAUUCCAAUCUUUACUUAUUAUAAAAUAUAUAUUAUGCAUACCAAAAAGAUGAUGUUAUAAUAUAUAUUUUGCUUUAUUGAAUGUUCUCCAAUUAUUAUCUGAACAUAUUGCGAACGUCAAAAAUAUGUUUUGCUUUGCCAUAAUAAAUUAUAGGUUUAGUAUAUAUUAUAGUUGUGUAUGGGAAAGAGUAAUACACCUUGCUAUAUAUAUUAUAUUAUACUAAUGUGUGUGGCAGGUUAAAAGUUUUCACUUACAAUUAACCGUAGAUAAUAAUAGCCGCGUAAUUAUGUAAGCACACUGGUAUAUAGUAAAAAACAAUUAAGUGUUCAACUUGCUACCACUUAAAGCUAAACAGCCUAUGAGUAUUAAUUUGUCGCUUGUUUAUAUAUUUCUUUAUACUCAAUACUUAAAAUUAAGUAUUGUCAGCUUUAUUAUAAUGUUAAUUUUUAACUGAUUCUUUCUUUUGUAAUAGAAAAAUAUUAAGACCAAUUGUAGAAGUUAGCAGCUUGUGGCAGUUAAAUAAAACAAUGUCAAUAA